CGGGCGGCAGUGACCGAGGGAGGCGCGCAGGGUCGCAGCGGCGCGGCAGCCGAGCUUGAGAGGGUCUGGGGACAGUAGUGCUCCCAGUGUGAGGGGCGGCGGCGCGGCGGCGGCGGCGCCCGCGGUCCCUGAGCGAAUUGAGGACGAGGCCGCGAGGCGACGGCGCGGCGGGGCCCCCUCCAGCGGCCGCGCCCGGAGUAAGGCAAAAGAGAAUGAAAGAAGUAGAUAAUCUUGAAAGUAUAAAGGAAGAAUGGGUUUGUGAAACAGGAUCUGACCACCAACCUCUUAGUGAUAAUCAACAAAGAAAUUGUGAAUAUUUUGUUGACAGCCUUUUUGAGGAAGCUCAGAAGGUUGGUGCCAAAUGUUUGUCUCCCACUGAACAAAAGAAACAGGCAGAUGUAAGUAUAAAAUUAUGGAAAAAUGGAUUCACAGUCAAUGAUGAUUUCAGAAGUUAUUCUGAUGGUGCAAGUCAACAGUUUCUGAACUCCAUCAAAAAAGGAGAAUUACCUUUAGAAUUACAGGGAGUUUUUGAUAAAGAGGAGGUCGAUGUUAAAGUUGAAGAUAAGAAAAAUGAAGUAUGUAUGUCAACGAAACCUGUGUUCCAGCCCUUCUCAGGACAGGGUCACAGACUGGGAAGUGCUACACCAAAAAUUGUUUCUAAAGCGAAGACUAUUGAAGUUGAGAAUAAAAAUAAGUUGUCUACUGUCCCACUAAACAGUCUGGAACCCAUCACUAAUAUACAGAUCUGGUUAGCCAAUGGGGAAAGGAUUGUCCAGAAAUUUAACAUUUCUCAUAGGGUAAGCCACAUCAAAGACUUCAUCGAAAAAUACCAAGGAUCACAAAGAAGUCCUCCCUUUUCCCUGGCAACAGCUCUUCCUUUCCUCAAAUUACUAGAUGAAACACUCACACUGGAAGAAGCCAAUUUACAGAAUGCUGUAAUCAUUCAGAGACUCACAAAAACCGCUGAACCUUUUAAAGAACUUUUAUAACAUUGAUUUUUGAUACACUAAGUGGAAGGUUUCCAGAAAAAUGAUGGUCAUAAGUGGACAUGUACACCAAAAUGGGGGGGAAGUCAGAUUUGCUGAGCUUUGCACUAUUUAACUCCCUCCUGAUGAGAAGAUUUUAAAAUAAGUACAAGUUAGGAAAAUAAACUAUGACUGGAAACUAUAUUCAAUGAACUUUUCCCAGAAGGCUACUCAGAAAGAAAAAUAGACUUAUUUUCAAAUACCAGUUAUUUAACGUAAGAUAUAUUAAAUAACUAUAUCAUUUAAAAUCUUAAUACGGUAUAAAUUAGCAAAUAUGUUCAUAGCAUCUUUCAUUCAAACAUCAUUCCCAAACAGCAGUGAUUUGUUUAAAUGUUAGCUGUCUCAGAUUUUUUUAAAUAGCAAUACAUUAAAAAAUUAUACAUGGCAGGUUAAAAACAUCAAUGCAAUUUAUUUAUAUCUGAGAUACAAUCAAAAGGCUGAAAGGAACUGCUUUCACCACAGCUAUGCCUCACCCUCAGAAGCGUUCCCAAUUUGCAUUGUCUAGUGGCAAGAUACACUCAAAUAUUAACUCGGCAACAAUAUCUGGAAUGUAUUUUCAUUUAAGAAUAAAAUUGUGUGGCUUAGUAUAAUGUCAGUAUCAAUCUGCUGACAUACAUUUCAACAUUUUCUAAACGUAUAAAUUUAAAAGAAUUCUUUUUUCUCUAGGAACCGCAGUUUAUCCCCUACUUUAUUUUCUUUCAGAAAUUAGGGGUUUGGGGGCAUCCCUGGUGGCGCAGUGGUUGAGAGUCCACCUGCAGAGGCAGGGGACACAGGUUCGUGCCCCGGUCCAGGAAGAUCCCACAUGCCGCGGAGCGGCUGGGCCCGUGAGCCAUGGCCGCUGAGCCUGCGUGUCCGGAGCCUGUGCUCCGCAAUGGGAGAGGCCACAACAGUGAGAGGCCCGCGUACCGCCAAAAAAAAAAAAAAAUUAGGGGUUUGUUCUUAGUUAACAUUUGGAGCGGGCCAUUUGUUUGCCACCACUCACAUAGAAUCUAAUGCUAGUGUUGUCACGUUACUAAUUAACAUUUUUUAAAUGCGUCAUGUAAAGUAUGGUUUUCUAUUUCAUACAUCACACAGCCCAUUUAUAUAUUAAAGGAUUUAUUACAUUAUGAUGUCAGUAAGGAAAACAUGCUAGAUUUUUAACUAAAACUGGUUACACUUCAGUAUUUCCCUGUCAGAUUAAAUCCCCUUGCCUGACAAUAAGUUUAAGAAGCUUUUUGCAGACGAUCUAUUGAAUCAUAUUUAAAGUGAAAUAUACAUUGAAUGUGCCAAGGAACUAAGUGGCCAUGCCUAACAGCAGUAAUGUUCAUAGGGUGCUGGAUGUCUGCUGGAAAGAGCAGUUCUCAAACUUUUUGGUCUCAAGACUUUUGUUUAUGUGGGUUAUAAAUACUAAUAUAUUUAAAAUAAAAAAGUUAUAAAAUAUUCAUUAAAAAUAAUAAACGUGUUAAUAUAAAGAACAUAUUUAUGAAAAAUGUCUAUUUUCCAAAAUUUAAAAAGAUUUAGUGAGAAACGUGGCAUUGUAUUUCAUUUUUUCUAAAUACCUUUACUGUCUGAUUUAAAGAAGACAGAUGGAAUCUCAUCUGCUUCUGUAUGUCUGUUGCAGUAUCACACAUCAUGCAGCCUAUAGUAAAUGCUACUGUACUUUCAUGAGAAAGUGAAAAAAAGCAAAUAACGUCUUAGUAUAAUUAUGAAAAUAGUUUUGACCUUGCAGAACCCUUGCAAGAGCUAGUCUUAUAAAGCAGUGAUUUGCAGUGAUUCUCAGGCCUUAAUAUGUAAGAAUCACUUGGGAAGCUUUUCAGAAUGCCUAUUACCUGCCACCUACCACACACAUUUUAACAAUUCAUUGUAUUUGGGAUGGGUUCCAGAUGUCUACAUUUUUAAUCCCAAGUAAUUCUUAGGUAUGUAGUAGGAGAACCAGUCUUCAGGAAAUCCUGCACUAAGCUUCCACCCUAAUAAAAUAAAACCUGUGUGCUGCAUCAUGGACAGUGCAAGACUCAACUGAAAUCGGACUGUUAGACCUUUAAAUUUUAUUGUAGUCCACCAGUUUGUUCUUAGACUGUCCUCCCACCCUUUAAUUCUGAACUAAUCAUGAGAUAAACCUGUGCUUUAUCUUCUGUAAGCACAGCUGAGACAAGGCUGCAACAUUUAAAUGAGGUUUUUAUUAAAGGCUCAGGGAUAACAAAAGGGAAAUAUACACAUAACUAGAUGACCAGAUUUAUAAGAUAUAUCUUAUGUUUGAAGUUCAUUUGGAGAAUGCUUCCUUUUCUAGCUCUCAGCCUUCUAGGUGGUAGAGGUCUUUUUAUCAAGAAGAGAGGGAGAACAAAGGAGAGCCUUUUCCUUUUGUCAUUUACCCUCAGAAAUGAACAGAUAUAUAAUAGAAAAUAUUUAUUGUCUGUAACGUUUACGUCUGUGGUAGAGUCGUCUCUUUAGUAAAACAAAAAUAAUGGCAUUCUUAAAAAAAAUGAGGGGAUGGUAAAAUCAGAUGUAACGUAAGUCAUUGUUAAUAUAUUUUCAAGAAUCUGUAAGAAAAUGUUUCAUGUAGGCCUAUCAUGAAGCAUUUUAUAAUUUUCAUUUGCAUAAAUAUAAGUCAAUUUUUGAUUCUCCAUAUAUUUCUAUAAAGGGGCUUCUUGUUGGAAAUAUUUUUCUUGUACAUAUAAAAAGGCCUCCUUUGUGGAUUUUCCAGUUUAUAGUAAUAACCAGAAGACACAUUAGAGGUUUUCUUGUGUGUACGUGCAGAAUACACCCCAGUGAGAAGUUCUGUAGAGAAAGACCUGUCAUCAGCAAGAACCCUCAUUUUUGUAACUGUGAAAACUCUAAUUAAUGUGGAUGAUAUUCUUAAAGGUUUUCUAAAGUGAGAACCAUCUGAUAAAGCUCUUUACAUUAAAGUUUAAAAUUCUAAAGUUGUUAAAUAUGUAGAAUACCCAAAACAUGUUGACUUUAGAAAACAAACUGAAUUUAGCAAGGGAAGGCAAACUUGAAAAUAAAGCCAGCAUCUUAGAUGAGGAAUAUAAUUUGACCUAAGUAGUUGUUUCAAAAGUGGCAUCAAUCAGUUUAAAACCAUUGUUGGGGGUGAUAUGCAGAAGUACAUAUCUAAUUUUACAGAUUCUAAUUUAUUGGUUAAAUUACUAUGCAUUAUCCAGGUUCUAAAGGUGAUCUUAUUUAUUUUAUAUACUUCUGUCAUUCAGAAUACUUUUCAUUAUACUUAAUUGUGUUGAAAUUAUGUAUGUGUCUAUUUCAGUGCCUUAAAGUAUUUUGAAAGCAAUCUUGCUAAUGGUUAAAGAACUGUUGUCUUGAAGAUGAAAUACUUACUGUUCAUUAAAAGGAUCAGUGAGAUAAUUUACAUUUGUUUGUUAUGAAAUAGUUACAUAUGGAUGCAUUUGUCAUUUUUAUUUGGCAAAGUCAUUCAGUUUGAGAAUCAACAAACAUUUAUUAGGUGCUUUCUGUUUGCCAGGUACUUUAACCAAUGUUACUUUCAUUUAGUACUCAGAAGUGUUAAAAUGUGAUAUUUUUAAUACUAACUCAAUGGUUGUGUUUAUUUCUUACACCAUCCUUUGUGUCCUUAGUUGAACUAGCAUGAAAACUCCUUAGUAAGAUUUACCCCUUUACUCUUAGUACAAACCAUUUAAUUUAAACAUUGCUCAUCACACUGAAUCUUCAAAUAGAAGUGGCUUAUUCAGUAGACUAAUAUUUGGCUCUUUGUCACUUGAUUUAACUGUAUGUUUUUUGCACAGAUAAUUCAUAUUCAUUGGAGAAAAUUAUACCGUUAUGCUACAGUGAUCUUUAGCUCACCUGUUAUUCCACCAUUCAGAGAUAACCACUAAUAACAUAUUGGUGUGCAUCCUUUCAGAUGUUUUGAAGUGUAUCAGUCUUUAGUUUUGUUUCAAAAGACAGGCUUCUUGAUUAUUGUCGGCGUGUUCUAUUUAUUGAAGUCUAUUUGUCUUUAAAAAUUGCAUUAGGAAUAUACCAUCACUUUAAGCAGAAUAGUAACUGUUAGGGAAAAAAAUGCCUUUUAGUUACAUUUCUGUGCAAAAAAGGGAGGGAGGUGUUUUUUGUUUUUAUUCUGUUGCCCACUUCCCUUCAAAAGUAAAAUUGUGGUAGUACAUGCAACACAGUGUAAGUAUUGUGAGUGAAGUGUUUCCAAACCUGCUGAAAUUGCAUAUAAAGUGUUGUGUUCAAACGUAAAUUAUCCAAAGAAACUCAUCUUGAGUUUGUUUAGUUUCCAAGAAAUUAAAUAUUUAACACAUGCAUUAUCUAGUUAUCUUUGCACUAUUUGCUAGGGCUGCAAUCAAGGAAACUGAAGGUACCCAUUUUCUAGAUUAAGGAAUUGAGGCAUAGAAAAUGGGAUGACUUGCUUUAUACUGGGUAGUGUAUACUUUCAGGUUAGAUUUAGCUGUAAUGGGAAAUCCAAAAUAAUAAUGGCUUACAGAAUACAUUUUAUUUUAUUUCCCAUGCAGAAGUCCGGAGGGAAGCAGUUCAGAGCUGCUAGAUCAAAAGUCAUGACUCCAGUAUUGUUAAUCUGCGGAUCUCAGCACCAGUUAGCUUGAGGUCUUCAGAUAGCCUGUUGGCACCAGCCAUCACAUUUGCAUUUCAUCAUUUCAUCCAAUAGAAGAAGCAUACCCAUUCCCUUUUUGAAAAAAGCUAUUGAGAUGUAAUUCACACACCUUACAAUUCACCCAUUUAAAGUGUACAACUCAGUGUUUUUUUAGUAUAUUCACAGGAUUGUGCAGCCAUCACAAUCUGAUUUUAGAACAUUUUUAUCUCUGAAAGAAACCCCAUGGGGCUUCCCCUGGUGGCGCAGUGGUUGAGAGUCCGCCUGCCAAUGCAGGGGACACGGGUUCGUGGCCCGGUCCGGGAAGAUCCCACAUGCCGCGGAGCGGCUGGGCCCGUGAGCCAUGGCCGCUAAGCCUGCGCAUCCGGAGGCUGUGCUCUGCAACGGGUGAGGCCACAACAGUGAGAGGCCCAUGUACCGCAAAAAAAUAAAUAUAAAAAAUAAAAGAAACCCUAUUAAUAGUCUUUCUCCACCCUCAGUUCUAGACAGCCACAAGUCUACAUUCUUUCUAUAGGUUUAUUUAUUUGGACAUUUUCAUGUAAAUGGAAUCAUACAAUAUGUGGUCUUUUGUGACUGGCUUUAUUCACAACAUGAUGUUUUCAAGGUUCAUCCAUGUCGUUUUUAUUGCUGAAUAAUAGUCCAUUGUAUGAAUAUUCCUAACAUCCUAAAUAGCCAUUAGUUGAUGGACAUUUAGGUUGUUUCCACUUUUUAGCUAUUAAAAAUAGUGCUGCUAUGAACAUUUGUGUUCAGGUUGUUGCGUGAUCAUGUUUUCAUCUCUGUUAACAUCCUCAGGAGUGGAAUAAAUGCUGGGUCAUAUAAUUUCAUACUUAACUUUUGAAGAACUGCCAAACGUCUCCAAAGCACCUGCACAGUUUACAUGCCCACUAGCAAUGUAUGAUUUUCCAUAUUCUCCCCAACGCUUGUUACUGUCUUUUUAUAUAAUUAUAGCCCUCCUAGUGGAGUGGUAUCUUGUAGUUUUGCAUUUCCCUAAUGACAUGAGUAUCUUUUCAUGUGCCUUUUGUCCAUUUGUCUGUCUUGGAGAAAUAUCUAUUCAAAUCCUUCACCUAAUUUUUAAUUGGGCUAUCUUUUUACUGUUUAGUUUUGAGUUCUUUAUAUAUUCCAGUACAAAUCCUUAUGAUUUGCAAACAUUCCUCCCAUUCUGUGGGUCGUCUUUUCACUGGUUGCAUAGGUUACAACACAAAGUUUUUCAUUUAGAUGUAGUCCAACUUAUGCUUGUGGCAUCCUAUCUAAGAAACAUUUGUCUAACCCAAGAUUAUGAAGAUAUGCUCCUGCUUUCUUCUAAGAGUUUUAUAGUUUUAGCCUUUACACGUAGGUCUGUGAUGGGUUUUCAGUUAAUUUUUGUAUAUGAUGUGACCCCUUCCCUUUUAAGGACCUUUCUGGGAAAUUGCUUACACCACUCAGCUUUUAUUCAGUGGCCAGGACUUAGUUACAUGGCCAUACCCAUUAUCUGUAUGAGGCUGGAGAAUGUGUAUUUCGGGCAUCCUGUAUCAGUUUUUUAAAGAGGGUUGUAAGUCUGCUCAGUCAUAGUCUUAGUCUGAGCAGGUCAAUUCUAUUGCUUCGUUUUUCUAAUGAACUUGUUUGUCGACUUUCACGAGGAUUUAGCAGGCGAGAUUAGCGCGAACGGCCGCUGGCUCUCCCUCGGAGACCUACCCCAAGGAAAACGGUCCCGAGUGACUUGGCCAGCCUUUCCCCCGGCAAAUGUGGGCUCUGGCGUUUUUCACUUCGGGAAACCGAACCCGCGCACUUCGCGGCUUCCCCGUUUUCCCGCGCGUUGCCCCUGGCCCGGGGCGCGCCCGCUAGCCCGCCCGUCUUUGCGCCGCGCCCUCUCGGCUCGGGAGCCGCCCUCCCUGCGGGGGCGGCCGGGCGAUAACACCGAGGGCGACGGCCGCAGUGCGCGUGCAGCCGUGCGCAAUGGCAGUGUCCCCCGAAGGGACCCUGGCCCCGCCAGUUGAGACGCCGCCACACCCGCCGGAAGCGCACACCUUGGAGCCCGGUUCGGUGAGCGCAAAUCAAGGGGAGCGGGGGCUGAGCCAGGCGCAGAGCGGGCGCUGGGCCGGAGGGGCCCCGGGGACCUUCCGGGCGUCUGGGCGUAGGCCUUCAGCCAGCCUCGGCAAGCCUCCAGGUUGUUGAACUGCACCUGGUGGAGUUUUGACAGUUGAGAGCCGAGAGGCUUGAGGGUGUUCGGGAGCCCCAAAGAGAACAGGAUGGGAAACCGAGUCCUAGACAAGCGAAGUAAGCUGCUGAUUCCUUCACCUAGUCAGGCAGGGCCAGGGCCAGUCUAGGGCUCUUGUCCACCGCACUCCAAGUCUUCCCCAGGCCGCCUGCACCCUGGGCAGGCAGGACGCUGAGUGGUGCGCGAGGAGGCUGCCUCCCUUCCCCAGCCUCCGGGCAGGUGCUGCGGGCAGCCACAGCGACCCUCUCAAACCUGGCUUCCUCCAGGCGCCGGGCUCUCUUUGAGGAGACUGCCUCUAGAGAUGUCCUUCCUGGCAACCAGGCUCCCAAGUGAGGGUAGCGGGCAGGCGGGAACCUAGGGGCGCCCUCAGCCCCUCGCAUUCCCCCUCCCCCCACCCCCUGGAUGGGGCUGGGGCGCAUGUCAUUCAGGGUGGCUGUGUUGGAGAGGAGUUAGGACGUCUGAACUUUCCUGAUGAGUGCAAAAAUCCACUGCCCGCCCUGUGCUCAACGCGUUCAUUCUGUCUGUGGCUUCAAUUCCCUAUGCUGACUCAGUGCUUCCUCUCCAGCACCUCGGAGCAAAAGAUGGUGGCGUCCAAGAAAGCAAGCAAGAUUAAGGGGCCCUCUGGGGACUCUCACUUCCCAGGGAAAUUUAGAAACUCAGGGUGAGAGGAAUAGCUAGAGGGGAAACAUGGUCCAUGAAAUGCUAGCAUUUCAUUCUCAUAACAACCCUAUGAGGUGUAUUAUCCCCAUUUUAAAUGUGAGGAAAUGAAGCUCGGCACACUGAGUACCUUGUCCUGGGUCACACAGCUAGAAAUGGCAGGCAGAAUUUGCAUUCAGAUUUGUCGAAUUUGUCUAACUCUGAAACUUGAUCUCAGGUGACUGUGAAGGGCUUAUGAUUUAAGUAGGUAAAACUGCCUUCCUCAAGAUUCCAAGAUUGUAUCAUAUACCUAGUUUCAGCUGGAAUGUCUGUUUCAAGUGCCUUCUAUGUAUCAGAAACUUGAUAGGUAUGUUUAGUGGGAAACCAGAGUCCCAUUAUGGAGGGGGCAGGGUGGGGGGAGAGUUAUCAUGUUGGAUUCUGCCUGUUGUUAAGCUUUCUGGAAGUUGAAAUAGCGUUCACAAAAAUAUCAGAAAAGGAGACCACAUCCUGCCUCAUGUGUGGGUAGGAAGAGUGCAGAGGACUUGAUAAACCCUUAUCUGGGAAGACCUUCCUUUCAUUUGGGGUGUCUGGCAAGAUACAAAAAUGGGUGAAGCCAUGGUCCUCUCCACUCCCCCUCCCAUCUCCGGGCAAAAGAUGAAAAAGAAGGAUUCCCAGCGUCUAUGGAAGAAAUAGCACUUUCCACAGUGUCUUCAUGGCAUUUAUUCUUUUAACAAAUAUAUAUAUUGUCUAUAUGCCCAGCAUUGUUCUAGGUACUGGGGACAUGGUGGUGAAUCAAAGUUAUAUAGUUCAUGCUCUCAGAGAGUUUAUAUGCUGGUGGGGAGAGGCAGGAAAUGAAUAAGACUAUAUCCUGUAGUUAGUACAAUUGAGAGAGAUUUGGGUGGUCAGGGAAGCCCUCUCUAAAGAGAUGACAUUUAGGCUUCAGCCUGAAUGGCAAGGAGUCAGCUCUUGCAAAGACUGGGAGGAAGAGCCUUCCAGACAGAAGGGACAGGAAGUGCAAAGGCCCUGAGGCAGCAACAGAAAAGGUCAUUUUGAGUAACAAGAAGGAGGAGGCUACCAUGGUAGAGCUAUCUGAAGUGAGGUGGGAAAGGGAGUGGGAGCUGAUUGGGUGGGUGCCUGUAGGCAAUAUGGGAAGGACUUGGAGUUUUAUUCAAACUGUAAUGGCAAGCUGUUAGAGGGUUUUAAGCAGAGAUGAGGCACAAUCUGAUUUAUGUUAUGAAAAGAUCAGUUGGGCUGCUGGAUGGAGAGUGGAUAGUAGGGAACGAGAGUAGAAGCAGAGAAGCCACUCAGGAGGCUCUCACUGAUAGAUUAGACAGGGGAAUUGGGAAAGAGUAAUCAAGGAUGACUCCUAGGUUUGUGGUCUGAGCUGCUGAGUGGACAUUGGAGCUAUUUAAUGCAAUGGGGAUGACAGGGUUAAGAGGUUAAGACAAUGGGAUGGAAAUCAGGAGCUGUGUUUUGACCAUGCUAAGCUGAAAUGCCUGUUUGGUAACCAUGUGGGGCUGUGAGUAGACAGUUUAAUUUGAGUCUGGAGUUCGCUGGGUAGCUUAUGGAUAUAUAUAUAUAUAUAGGGAUAUACACACACACAUAUAUUUGGGGUCAUAAGCGUUACUUCAUUUUAGUGGUGGGUUGGUAAACAGUCUCUCCAGAAAAACAAAACUCUGAUUUUUGCUGUUUACUGAUUUCUGUGGUGUAAAUACUCUCACCAUGGCCGAUUUCAGGCCGCCAGUAACUCCUGGCUUGCAAAAUCCCGAAUAUUUAACCAUCAGCUCCUGGAGCCAUUGCCUCAUUUGCUCAUCAAAACAUCCGGCACAUAUAUACAAUGGAAUAUUACUCAGCCAUAAAAAGAAACAAAAUUGAGUUAUUUGUAGUGAGGUGGAUGGACCUAGAGUCUGUCAUACAGAGUGAAGUAAGUCAGAAGGAGAAAGACAAAUACCGUAUGCUAACACAUAUAUAUGGAAUCUAAGAAAAAAAAAUGUCAUGAAGAACCUGGGGUAAGACAGGAAUAAAGACACAGACCUACUAGAGAAUGGACUGGAGGAUAUGGGGAGGGGGAAGGGUAAGCUGUGACAAAGUGAGAGAGUGGCAUGGACAUAUAUACACUACCAAAUGUAAAAUAGAUAGCUAGUGGGAAGCAGCCGCAUAGCACAGGGAGAUCAACUCGGUGCUUUGUGACCACCUAGAGGGGUGGGAUAGGGAGGGUGGGAGAGAAGGAGACGCAAGAGGGAAGAGAUGUGGGAACAUAUGUAUAUGUAUAACUGAUUCACUUUGUUAUAAAGCAGAAACUAACACACUAUUGUAAAGCAAUUAUACUCCAAUAAAGAAGUAAAAAAAAAAAAUCCCUUGAAGUUGGCAGGAAUAUCCAUUUGACAGAUGAGGCUUAGAGAGAUAAAGUGAUUUAUUCGAAGUCCACACAGGAAGCUGGUGGCAAAUUUAGGGGCCUCCUAACCCCCAGUUCACUCUGGCUUGCUGACUUGGAGAAUAAAACAGACUGCAGCAGGAAGCACUGUGGGGAAAUAUAAGGAAGAACUUCUCCCUGGAAAUGCUUAGAGGUCAUGGUUUAGGAUUUUUUUUUUUUU